GCAAAGCACUGAAAAUAGUACUUCUUUUCUGUCCCCCGACUGAAGCCGAAUACCGCGAUCUGAGCACAAUUUCUUCAUUGUUUGGAGUCAUGGGCUCAGAAGACUGCACUAUCUAUUAUUGAUAAGAAUCGGGAAGCAAGGAAACGAGGACAUUUGCAGUACGUGCGUUGGCUUAUAUAAGUUAAAAAAAUCUUUAAACUGAGUUCAGAUCUUUUUAAUUUAACGUAACUUUAAUGAUGAUUUCGUCUUUAUGUGAUGACUGACCACACCGCUACAGGUACCAGGAGGGGGGUUGGGGGGAUAGAACAGAGGCAUUUUAACUUGCUCAAACUUUUCGAGGGUGUUGACAGAAAACUAGUAGGAUUUCUCACUCGAAUGGCCACCAUCUCCGGCUCCUAGUCUUUACCCCCCUAGCCUCACUACCAGUUUAUGAACACCAUCUGCAAGGAAUGACUUAGCAAAUGUGAACAUUGUGGAAGGUGUACUUCACUCUGACUUAAAUGUUCGGAAACGCACGAAUUUGACAAAGUUUGAACUGUUGAAUCUAAAUCCAUCCGCAAACAUCUAAUCUUAAAACGCCCAAACUGUGUUGUGGAGUAUGUCGAACAGGCAAAAUGGCACAGACAACAUCCAUGUCCCCAUUAUUCCUGGUUCUGGAAAAGUUAUUUUGAAAUGGAAAUCAUAUUUUUAAAAAGCAAAGAAGCUCAUCUAUUACUGGCUACUGAUGAUGCAACCAACUUCAUGUAUGUCAUCCAAAUCUUUACCUCAAAGUGCUUAACAUUACUUUUUUCCAUAUACUGGACAUCGUAAGCAAACAUGACUGCCUUGCGGCGCUUUUUAAGAAGGCGAUUGUUUCCCUGGAAACUGGCAAUUUUUGCCCUAAUUUUUAUAACCUUCUUGUUUCUAAUCCAACGUGAAGUUGUGAGCAGUAUUCCAAAGGAGGAACCAUGGCUGAAGGACAUUGUUAACAAGAGAGAUGCCGUGUUGGGAAUGAUGAUGGGGGCUGUCAAUAAUUUCAGGGACUCCAUGCCAAAAAUGCAGAUCAAGGCGCCUCUAAGGCAGUCCGGAGGGGGCGAUAGCCACCCUUGUUUGCCGGGAUAUUAUACGGCAGCAGAGCUCAAGCCAGCCCUGGAGAGACCACCUCAGAACCCCAAUGCUCCUGGAGCUUCCGGGAAGCCUUUCCACACAGACAAGCUCAGCCCAGCAGAGCAGAAGGAAAAGGAGAAAGGAGAUGAGAAGCACUGCUUUAAUGUGUUUGCCAGUGAUCGGAUUUCAUUGAGCAGAGACCUUGGACCAGACACCAGACCACCUGAGUGUAUUGAACAAAAUUUCAAGCGCUGCCCUCCUCUGCCAACUACUAGUGUAAUCAUCGUAUUCCACAAUGAAGCGUGGAGCACAUUGUUGCGAACAGUAUACAGUGUGCUACAUACAUCUCCUGCCAUCUUUCUGAAAGAAAUCAUUCUGGUGGAUGAUGCAAGUGUUGAUGAGGUCUUGAAGGAUCAGCUGGAUAAUUAUUUAAAACAGCUGCACAUUGUUAGAGUAGUGCGUCAAAAAGAAAGGAAGGGACUAAUCACAGCGAGGUUAUUAGGAGCUUCAGUUGCAACAGGAGAUGUACUCACUUUCCUUGAUGCUCACUGUGAGUGUUUCCAGGGAUGGUUGGAACCUUUACUUGCCAGAAUAGCAGAAAACUAUACAGCAGUAGUGAGCCCAGACAUCACAACAAUCGACCUCAAUACCUUUGAAUUCAUGAAACCUUCUCCAUAUGGACAAAAUCACAACCGUGGCAAUUUUGACUGGGGUUUAUCCUUUGGAUGGGAAAGUCUUCCAGAUCAUGAGAAACGCAGGAGAAAGGAUGAAACAUAUCCAGUCAAAACUCCAACCUUUGCUGGGGGACUGUUUUCAAUCUCAAAAGAGUAUUUUUAUUAUAUUGGAAGUUACGAUGAAGAAAUGGAAAUAUGGGGAGGAGAAAAUAUCGAAAUGUCUUUCCGAGUGUGGCAGUGUGGUGGGCAGUUGGAGAUUAUCCCUUGCUCUGUAGUGGGUCACGUAUUCCGCACUAAAAGCCCACAUACCUUCCCUAAGGGCACCCAGGUUAUUGCGCGCAAUCAGGUUCGCCUUGCAGAGGUCUGGAUGGAUGAUUAUAAGGAAAUAUUUUACCGGAGAAAUCAGCAAGCUGCACAGAUGGCCAAAGAAAAAUCCUUUGGAGAUGUAUCCAAAAGGGUGGAUCUACGGCAGCGUCUGAAAUGCAAGAGCUUCUCCUGGUAUUUGAAAAACGUGUAUCCUGAAGCAUUCAUGCCUGAUCUCAACCCUCUUCACUUUGGCUCUGUGAAGAAUCUAGGAAAAGAUUCAUGUCUUGAUGCUGGAGAAAACAAUGAAGGAGGUAAACAUCUGAUAAUGUAUCCCUGCCAUGGACUUGGGGGAAAUCAGUAUUUUGAAUAUUCCACACAUCAUGAGAUUAGGCACAACAUUCAAAAGGAAUUGUGCUUGCACGGCACAGAAGGAGCUGUUAAACUCGACGACUGCCAGUAUAAAGGCCGGAAUACACUGGUUGGCGUAGAACAGAAGUGGGAGCUAAGAGAGGACCAGCUGCUUUUUAAUCCGGGAUCAAAAAUGUGUCUGUCUGCGCAUCGUGAGCAUCCAGCCUUAGCUCCAUGCAAUCCUGAUGACAGGUUUCAGUUGUGGAUUUUCACCUGAGCUCUAUGACUGUUUAUUUUGAGAAAUGAAGAAACAUCAUAGUUACAUAGACUACUGUGGAACAAAAAUGGUAUGAAUUCCAAGAAAGUCUUUUUUAACGCAGUAUACUUGCUGCUAAAAAUGGUUUUAUCUGUUUUAGGUUCAUGUUAGGAAAAAACGAACAAUUGCACUUGAAGGAAGGAGAGAGAAUUCUUACCUGUCUUUUUAUAUUGUACAAAACUUUGGCAAAUUGUUUUGUUUGGAAUUAUUUUCUCCCCUUUAAUGAAGAUUAAUCUUUUGCUUAAAGGUUAAAAAGUACCAAAGAACUUUGCAAUUGUAUCACGAUUGGAUGAAACGCUUUUUUUUACCAUUAUUUUUAACAGCUUUGAAUGUCAUAAUUUAUUGUUAGUUUUUUUAGACUUCAUGUUUUUAGUUUGCUGUUCACAGCAAUUACCUUCCUUACUUUAACUAAACUUAAUUUCAAAAAUCAAAUUAUGGUGAUAAGUGAUCUUAGAACAGCAUUAUUUCAUGAAAACGGACAAAAAGGUUUUAUAUUUGGUUUUAAAUUCUUUCAUUUUUAGGUGUGAAAGGCUUAUGUGGAAAUUUUAGGUCAGACAUUUGCUUUAAUAAACUUAAGUUUGAGAACUUUCA